AUGGACCAUUCUACAAUUCUAGCAAAGCGGAAACCUCCUCUGUUCAAACCACCCCGCCCACGAACCGCCGGCGGCAUAACAAAACCUCCCACAAUCUCCAAAAUGUCAAAAUCUAAGCCCAAGUCCACAACCCGCACAACAAAACAAUCCUCCUCCUUAUCCACGUCCCGUAGAAAAUCUUCGGGUCGCAAAAAUGAUAGCGAUGUUAUCCGUGUGUCGCGAACACCGUCCCCCAACCCUCCAGAUCAAACCACCUCAUCCCCACCGGGCUCUCAAUCAGACAGUGGAAGAUCCCAAUCCAACUCCCGCUCCCCUGCCGGCGUACCAGAUUAUAUCCUUGCAGAAAUCACCGAAUCUGCUCCUGUUAACCCACGCGAAGGGUUUGACUCUUCCGGACCCAUGAUCCCCAGCAAACUGCUCACGACACUCCUGCACCGCCAUUUCCAAGACGAAAAGACCAAAAUCGCUAAGGAUGCCGGGCGGGUGGUGGCCAAGUAUGUAGACAUCUUUGUGCGGGAGGCACUGGCGCGGGCGGCGUAUGAGAGGACACAGGUUGAGGAGAGUAGGUCGGAUAGCCCUGAAGUACGAGGUAGAGCACGGGCUAAGGUUGAUAGUUAUCUGGAGAUUGAGGACUUGGAGAAGUUAGCGCCGCAGAUGGUGCUUGAUUUUUAA